AUGCAGUGGGUGUCCCUGCAGGUUGAGUCCACUCUUCCUGAAGGAGGGGUGGAGGGACUGCAGGUGGACAGCAGAAUCAUCGGCCUCAUCUACACAGCCAAAAUGAACAAAAUGAAAAGGUAUAUAACAAUUUAUUUCACACACUUAUAAAUACACACAUGCCAGCCACCAUGAUUCACUUUGGCAGUUUACAGUACAGAAACGGAAUUGCUGUCCAGUUGAGCUUACACACAUUUUAAGAGCAUGAUUAUAAAUAGAAAACAUUUUCAAUGUCAUUUCCCCCUAUUCUAAUUUAGCCGCUAACUCUGAGCUAACACUCUCUACCAUUCUCCUCAGACCAUUAUGGAUUCUUUAGUUGGGAAUCAAAGAGGUUCUGUCUCGACGCUCAAUGAUGAACAAACACUCCAAACUGGAAAUGCAGUGCAUUCGGAAAGUAUUCAGACCCCUUCACUUUUUCCACAUUUUGUUACGUUACAGCCUUAUUCUAAAAUUGAUUAAAUUCAUUUUUUCCCUCAUCAAUCUACACACAAAAACCCAUAAUGAAAAACUGAAAACAGGUUUUUAGAAAUGUUUGCAAAUUUAUUAAAAAUAACAAACAGAAACCUUAUUUACAUAAAUAUUCAGACCCUUUGUUAUGAGACUCGAAAUUGCAUCCUGUUUCCAUUGAUCAUCCUUGAGAUGUUUCUACAACUUGUAUGGAGUCCACCUGUGGUAAAUGCAAUUGAUUGGACAUGAACAAAAACCAAAGCCAUGAGGUCGAAGGAAUUAUCCGUAGAGCUCUGAGACAGGAUUGUGUCGAGGUGUCAUACCCAAGAAGACUCGAGGCUGUAAUCGCUGCCAAGGGUGUUUCAACAAGGUACUGAGUAAAGGGUCUGAAUACAUAUGUAAAUGUAAUAUUUCAGUUUUGUAUUUUUCAUUAUGGGGUAUUGUGUGUAGAUUGAGAAUCCAUUUUAGAAUAAGGCUGUAAUGUAACAAUGUGGAAAAAGUCAAGGGGUCUGAAUACUUUCCGAAUGCACUGUUUGUAAUUGUUCUCAUUCUGUAGAAAACCUUUGUUUUUGUUUAUUAAAACUCUGGUAGAGACAGACCAAGGCAUCACAGAGUCAAAUCCUCAUCUUCACCUGUCAAGGAGGACACAAAACAGGUAUGGUUUAACGUUAAUACAAGUGUGCUUGGCCUGUCUGAUCAGUAAUAUCCAAGCUACAGUAUCUCCUGGGAGUCGGUCAGCCAAAUACACAGAUGCAGGGCAUUAUUUAAAGAAUAGUGCAGAAAUGGACGAAUUUCCAUUGUUUCUGUGUAGUAGGCGAUAGAUGUGUUCUGUUCUAGGGUCCAGAUGUAGAGACAGCACUGAAAGCAGUAGAAGAGGCUCUGUCUCAGGCCUCCGAGAACAUGGCCAAUCUGGACAACAUCCAUCAGGUGAGAGACAACAGGACUGUCCCACAUCUCCUGUCCUUCCAUCUGUACUGAUCCAAAAAUACUAUGGCCUGUUUUCCCAGACACAGAUUAAGCCUAGUCCUGGACUUAAAAAAGCACAUUAAAUGGAGAAUAUCCAUUGCGCAUGCUUCGUAGUCCAGGACUAGGCUUAAUCUGUGUCUGGGAAAUCAGUCCUAUAUGAAAGCAAGCUGUAAGCUGUAGCAUACCUGCUCUGUUGCUUUUCUCUGCAGACUCUGGUGAAAGGUCUGACGGUGCAGGUGAAGAGAGAGAAGGCCAGACUGCUGAUGGAGAUAGAUGAGGCUAUGGACAGGGCCUUCACCAUCCUUAAAAGAAGGUGCACUACUCUACAACCCCCUCACACCUUCCUCUCACUAAUGGGCUAGUGUGUAAUGUAUUUGUGGCUUCUGCUGCUUAUUGUGUGUUUAUUGGGCUUGGCUGUAAUGCCUUUUAUCAGGGCUGAUCAAAUAGGAGACGUAUACAGUGAGUGGACCCUAUAUUAUUUUUCUGGUUUCAUGGGGGUGAGGUGUAAUUCCUGCAUUGUCAGGAAGGGGGCGUUGGUGGCGGAGCUGACCAACAUGGAGCAGCACUUCCCGUCCAGCAGGAGGGAACUGGGCCGGGUGGAGGAGAGGAUGAGGGCCCUGGACACGGCCAUGCAGAAGGCCAAGCAGGUCGGACAGCACCCCUCCCUGGAGAGCUACUGCGACUUGGAGCAGGUACACACACUAAACUGCACCUUGUGGUUGUAGAGUGACACUUCAAGGAAUACGAGGUGUGUGUGUGUGUGUGUGUGUGUGUGUGUUGAACAGUUGCUGGAGACCCUGCAGGCGCCUGUGGAUGUCCAGUUGUUUGACCUGAAGUGUCUGUCUCUGGGCUCUGGACUGAGGUGAGUCAAUAAAGUUGACCUGAAUUACAAUUUGAACCCCCGUAGCUAUGUGGCCUGACCUGAACUCUGCUACUGUAGUUUGAACUCACAUCUUACCUAAGUCGUGUGUGUGUGUGUGUCAGCUGCAUAGCUCAGCAGGAUGCACUGGGCAGGAGUCUGAAGGCGUGUCUGAAGAUCAACAUUGGGAAUGCCAAGAUGUAAGUCCUGUAAUUGACUACAGAUAUAUAUUUUUCUAUCUCUUUAUUUACAUGGUUUAACUGCCUUUUGAAUUUCCCCUCAGUCUGACAGAAGAGCCAAUCCACAGAGACAGAGGAGACCGAGAGAGGCCCCAGGAGCAGCAGGAGAGCCAAAGGAUGAUGAGGCCUCCCCCGCCCAGCACCAGAGAGCCUGUUCCCCCUCGCCAGGAGCAGGACAGCCUGAGGAUGACUAGGCAUACCCGGGGCCUCUCUCCCAACCCUGGCCCUCGCCCCUUCCCCAGCUCCAGCCCUGUCUCAGACUCCGGACCCAACGUCAUCAUAGAGGAGAUUAUAGAGGAGAUUGAACAAGGAGGAGAAGGGGAGGACGAAGUCAGUUUGAAAUCCUGCCAUCAAGUCACCACAGCCUCAUCCAAAACCACUGCAGCAGGGUUCUCAACUGGAGGUUAGUGACAAUCUCACAGCAACAUUUAGAGAGCACGUCAGUGCAUGUCUGCUGAGGUAAACCGCAUCCCCAUUACCCAUAGGAUAAUAAUGGUGUUUCUUGGUUCCUGCUUUUAGUUGUCCCAGCCCACCGGUCUGAGCUGCAGCAGGCCAGUGAGAGACAGAGAGCCCAGAGGAGCAACAAGAAGAUCCAGGAGGAGCUCCUCCAUGUCAGUCAGGGGAAAGGUAGAGGAAAGGAGAGACAGACGUCUAGUCUGGACACUGUUGAUCCGCACAACACACAUUUCACAUGAUAACAUGCAGAACAGUUAUGUCCACGUAAUCUAUAACUUGAUGAAUAGAGACACAUAGAAACUGAGUGUGUGUGUGCAGUGUUCCAGGAGUGGGUGAUGGUGACCCAUGUGGUGAACCCUAACCACUUCUACAUCCGCCACGUGGCAGAGCAGAGGGCCUGUAUUCUGCUGUCCAAGAAGAUCAACUCCCUCUGCUCUGGAGAGAGAGGACUGUUCACAGCCAGCGACAUACUGGAGACUGGUGAGAUCACUAUGUGUGUUACCUUACUGUGGGUAUGUCCCUCUCUCUAGGCUCUAUGAUGUUUGUGAAAUGAAAGCAGUGCGAUGUUCCACUCUGACUAAUGCGUGUUUGUGUCUCCGUCAGGCUCCACAGUGUUUGUGAAGUGGAAGGAGGGGAUGUGGUGUCGGGCCACCCUGACAGAACUGUUCCAGAGAGGUCACCUGGACCCGGUCCGCAGCUGUCCUGUUCCCGAACUUCACCGUAUCAGAGUCUACUUCCAGGACUACGGCUUCUGCCAGGGAAUCGACAUGCAGAGGUACACACACACACACACACACACGAAAAGGGAUGAAAAACCUAGUAAGCAUGAAAAGGGACAGAACAUUGAUUAAUGUUUUCAGUCACCCAGGUCUGUCUUUCUCUUCCACCUCUACUUACCUUUCCCAGUGAGGAGGCAGGUCCAGACCUGUUCAUCAGGGACAUGAAUGAGCGUCUGAGAAGAGUGGACGUGGCCGGCCAAUCAGAAAUGAGCCGCUGGCUCCCUCAGGCUAUCAAGUGUUCCCUCAAAGACAUCGUGCCUGCGGACCUGGUAAGUCGAGGACAUCGUGCCUGCGGACCUGGUAAGUCGAGGACAUCGUGCCUGCGGACCUGGUAAGUCGAGGACAUCGUGCCUGCGGACCUGGUAAGUCGAGGACAUCGUGCCUGCGGACCUGGUAAGUCGAGGACAUCGUGCCUGCGGACCUGGUAAGUCGAGGACAUCGUGCCUGCGGACCUGGUAAGUCGAGGACAUCGUGCCUGCGGACCUGGUAAGGGGCAUACAUUUGCAUAUUGUGUAUAUUCGGACAUAACAUUUGUGUAUGUCGCCAUCCAUCUGUUUCUUCAAGUGAAGGGCUGUAUAAGUGACUAGGAUGAGUUUAGAUGUGUUUUCUUACCUGCAUCCCCCUCCCUUCUCUCUCCCAGACUAAAGGCUGGAGUGCGGAGGCCCAGGAUGAGUUUCGUCGUGUGGUGGGCUCAGCCUCAGUAGAGAUGCAGGUGUUUGGUCAGGAGAGAGAUGCUCUGCUGGUGGACCUGAAGAAAGCCCCCAUGGACAGCGGUUCCAGCAACAUGCCCAUGUCCCUCCGAGAGUACCUGGUCUUCCUCGAGCUCGCCAGGUACAUACAUACAUACAUGCAUGCAUGCAUGCAUACAUACAUACUCAGGGUGUUUUCCAGGCCUGGAAAAGUUUUGGAAAAUGAUCAAAUCUGAAAAGUCAUGGAAAUUUAUGUAAUCAUUAAUGUAAUUUAUUUAGGCACAGUUUUUUAAUAUUUUAUCAGUCAAAUAAAAAUCCAGAUGUCAGGAUGGGAAUGACACUUUAGCACGGCUGUGUUUACGCGCAUCACCUGCAUGUGUGCGAGACGAGAGCGCGAGACAGUCGAACAUUGCAGCAGCAGGUAGGCCUAUAAAAUAUGAUCGAGAACAGACUAAUAACUAGGUAGCCAAUUCAAAACAUAUUGUACUAGUUAACUAUUUAGUUAUUAUUAGCAUGUAUUAAUGUUUUCGCAAUGUCCAAAAAAACAUAUCACCGACACUUUUUGUUAGAUUAAUUUGGAUUUUAAGAAUAAUGACUAAAGAAUUUCACCCCAAACACAGUAUAAAUGUUAGAAAUAUCAUGUAGUGUCAACCCACUAACAGAGGGGGCGUUACUAACCAUUCAAGGGGGAAGGCGGGAACUGUUUAAGAAAGCCACCUAAAGGUGGGAGGAGCAUAGUGUCUUUGUUUGUCAAGGGGUAUAAAAACAGUAUGUUUGCGUUUUUGAGCAGAGCUCUCCUUGAAUAAAUUUACCGAUAAUUACUUGUGGAUUGUGGACCUUGAAUCAUUGAUGAUUAAAACCAGAGCUUUACAACCUCUGGUAAUGAUUCAAGCUUAGGUUGAAUUAGAGAUAGAAAUUCACAUGACACUUUUUUUGAACGAUUCAUUUAAACGAUUAUUUUUUAUGAAACUAACGAUACGCUUCACCAUUGUAGUAGUUGGGAUUCGGUUCAAACGCAGUGAAUCAAAAUAAGAAUUUGUGAAUCGUGAACAGUAAUUUUAGGAAAAAGGAUUAGAUGUAGCCUUUCUUUUGGAUUAUGUGGCUUCAAAACGUGUAGAUACUUCCAGUUGAUUUGGGCAUCCAAUGUAUGGGACAUUGCAACUCAAUAGAUGCUAGUCAGCCUGCAAAGUAAACACUUCUAAGGUAACUCAAAUAAAUUAGAAAAGGUCAAUUUCCUGAAGAAAAUGUGUGGGCUUGCUUUAGCCGAAUAAAAAGAUUUGUAGCCUACCAAAGCCAUUUGAUCUUUUGAUAUAUUGAAUGAGCAAAUUAUUUCAAAAGGCAUAAAACAUAUUUGGUUGCAAUGUUAUACAUCAAGGGUGGUCAACCAUCCUCCAGGAGAGCUAAUGGGUGGGCAGGCUUUUAUUCCAGUCCCCCUCUAACAAACCACAUUUUAGAAAUUAGCUGCUGAACCGGACCUUGAUAAACUGUCUCUGUGUUUGAGCAGGGCUUGAUCAAAAGCCUGCACACCCAGUAGCUCUCCAGACUGACCAUGUGUUUUAUACAGUUGCCUAACAGGUAUUCUACUUUGGGGGGGGUUAAGUGCCUUGCACAACAACAGGAGAUGGUACAUGGGAACAGAGAGCAGCCUCCCAGUGUCGAUACCACAUUACACAUACUUUUUUAUACGGUAUAUAGAGACGCCGCCAAUUGUUGGUCAUGGAAAUUUGGUUAAAAGUCACAGAAGUCUUGAAAUUCCAUCUGUCAAAAUGUGUAUGAACCCUGCAUACUGUACAUAUCCAGUGUUUCCCCUAUAUGCAUUUUGCAGAAGGCUGCAUCAGUUUCUUCCUUGUUGCCAUGGAUAACCAGUAGUAAUAUGUUCGUUCUGCUGCUGUAGGUUUUACUCUCCGGUGGCGUGGAAUGCCAAGACUGUGCCGUGUGGCAGGAGGCCUCUCCAGUUCUACCCUCCUGUCUUCCCUCGUACCAACGUAGAGCUCAAUGCUGUGGUGUCCCACAUAGACACACCCUCACACUUCUACAUCCAACUGGUGGGCUACACAUUCCACACGCGCACAUACGUGAAAGCAUUAUCAGCUGAUAUUCCAGUGCCCUCUCUAACUCCUCCCCCUCGCUGGUGAAGCGCAGGUUGACAACAUGGAGUUCCUGCUGCUGACAGCCAAGCUGCAGGAGUGUUACAGCUAUGACUGCCCCAGCAGGGGGACCAGAGGAGAGGACCAGGACCUGGAGGUCUACUGUCCUAUCCUGGAUCAGGCCUGUGUGGCACGCUUUGACGACAAGGUCUGGUACAGGGCCCAUGUCAUAGGUCAGUACACAGUGUCUGUUGCGGUGCGGUGACUGAAUUACAGCCACACCGGCAGUCAUGAGUCAUGACCGCAGUCAAAUUCCACGUGACCGCUGAGUCAUGGUAAUCUCCUCCUAUUCUGCUCUCUGUAGGCCUACAUGAAUGGCGCUGAUGCGUAAGGUAGUAUAACUAACUCCCUAAUGAAUGGCUUGGUACUCAGGGCUCUAUUGUCCCUCUAAUCUGAAAGAUGAGGAUAAAUGGUGAUGGGAGUUAGCGGUCCCAUUCUAAAAUGGCCCCGGGGCUUUCCCAGACGGACACAAUAUGCACAAGUACAUUUUUGUAACAUAGAGACCCGUUCGGGUCCACAACCUUGCACGAGAAAAUCCAAUUGUUUUGGUACUUUAUUAAGCGGAAAGGAGAGGGAGAGAAACAGAGCGAGCAUGGCGCUAGGGAGGAGGGGGCGUGCGGUGUGUUCGUGCGCAGUGAGUGACAUGGGAGCAGGCACAGAAAGAGCGCGACGGCAAGCACUGUUAACCCGCACUAGUAUACUUACUUCUUGCUGGUUAUUUAUCAUCCCACCUGAUUAAAUAGUACCUGUCUUGACUGCAUCAAACCAAGAGAAGCUAGCAAGCUAGGCUAAUUGAGGCUAGCCUACAUAACGUUACUGCGCUUCUCCCCUUCCUUCAGUUACAAAUAACUCCAUUCAGAUUAGUAAGGAGCAGCCUACCUGCUUUUGGUUGUUGUAGCCUUCUCAUUUCACUUUUAAUUCUGUCAUUUUAAUUCCAUCUUCUAUUGAUUAGAUAUAUCCUAACUUGCUUGCCACACAAGCAGAGCAGCAAUGCAAUUUUAUCUCUCUCCGCGGGAAGCGCAAGGAAUAGAGCGCAUGCCUUUUUUGUGACUUUUUCUUAAAUCGUCAAUAUAGUCACAUCAUGCAGUCCAUAUGUUUUUAUUUCUAAGACAUUUUAAGGUUUGUAGGCCUAUCACAACUAAAGUUACCAGUUAACUCUAAAUUAAGCUUACAGGACCUGUUUCAAAUGAUCACUUUCACGCUCAACACAGAACAGCCGCUCCAUGUGCACACUCGUCUGCAAUCGUUUGAGAAUAAUAUUAUUUAUAUUAUAUACAGCGAUGUUCACUUAUAUUCUUCUUACUAUAAAAUCAUAUUUUAUAUAUAUAUAUAUAUCUCGUAUGCGUGGAAGCCAGGAGAUGCUAAACGUGUUUAAGUUAACGGUCAAUUACCGUGAGACUAGCAGUCAUUGGCAUGAUGGUUACCGACUGACAACAUUUUAUGUCUGCCACAGCCCCUAGGUACACUCAUUGAGGUCACAAUGUUUUUAUUUUUUAAGGUAUUGUCCCCUUAGAUCAGUGGUUCUCAAACCUCUCCUGGGGGCCUACAACCGUUCCAUGUAUUUGAUCUAUUCCAGAACUAGCACAUCCUAAUUUCAAAUUGUCAACUAAUUAUCAAGCCCUUGACUAAGUGAAAUCAGGUGAGCUAGUUCAGGGUUACAACAAAAUAGUGAAAUGUCUGGGGAUCCCGAGGAGAGGUUUGAUAACCACUGCCUUAGAUAAAAAAGUAUAUGCAAACCCCAAAAAUGUAUGGAAAAGUGUCUACCUAAAGACUAGAAUGUAAAUGUUAUUGUGUGUGUAGGUAUUCCCGGGGGCAGGAAGGUGGAAGUCCAGUUUGUAGACUUUGGCAACAAGAAGAUUCUGUCAGUCAACGACCUGAGGAAGAUCAAGGAUGAGUUCUUUGCCCUCCCAGCCAUGGUGAGGUCACGCUACACUAGAGUAUGUUGGAUGGAGGAUUAAUAAGGCUGACUGUAUCCAUAUACCAUCCCAGCAUUAACUGCUAGGGUUGGUGGACAGGGCAGGGCACUCAUAUUAAUCAACUGGCUCUCACAUUACCUCUUCCCCCCCCCCACCCAGGCCAUCCAGUGCUACCUGGCUGAUGUGAUUCCUCUGGAAGAGGCUGAGAUGUGGAGCGACAUGUGUACAGAGAAGUUCAAGAGUCUUGCUGACCAGAGACUGGUGACCGCUGUGGCCACAGCUAAGACAGGUAGAACUGGAGAGUUUUCCUUUCACACAGAACUGUCUUGGCAUCCCACGACAACCGUGGAGACUUAUGUAGUUGAUUGAUUAAUUGUGUGUGUGUCUUCUGAACCACAGAGGCUGGUCGAAGGGGCAGGGGUCUGCCAGUCAGGCUGUUUGAGACCAGUGAUUCCAGCGAGCCGUUAGCAAACAUCGGAGAUCUGCUGGUCAAUGACCAGCUGGCCUGCUUCAAGAAGGGGUGAGUGUGUGUCUGUCAUCUCACUGCGGGAUACUUAAUGGGUGAAACAAAUAACAAAUCUUAUGUGGAUACCUGCACACACAGAUGUGGGUAUGGUUUCCAAAAGGAGACGUUUUGUUUUACCCCAUCUCCCUUCUCAGCAUCAAAUCUAAGGACACCCAGGCCCCGGUGGUAGACACCACAGUGUGGGACCCUCCAUUCGAGGGUCUUCUGGGUGAGUCUGAACCAGCCCCUGCCUCGCUGGGCCAGGAGACCCCAGAGCAGGACCCCCAAGAGAUCCAGCCCUACCUGAUGCUGCCUUCCAACCUGAAGGACAUGAAGGUCCGGGUGACCCACGUGGUCUCACCCGGGAGCUUCUACGUCCAGCUGCUACAGAUGGACACCCAGCUCAAGAGGUCAGCCAGUGGGGGUGGAGAGGAGGGCAAGGAGGGACAGAGAAUGGCUUACUGAAGCCUCACUGAAUCCAGCAGAGAAUCCUAGGCUGCAUUCACACAGGAAUCUUGUAACUGUAGAGUGGAUUGACACAGACAUUGACUUUAUUGAACUUGAUUUUCUUUAGAAUGUGUGACUUUAGAAUGAGACUCUGAUGAGAGGUCAGUGUCGCUUAGUUUCUCUCUCUCUCUUUUUUUUGUUCAGGGUGUAUGAGUUGUUGAAGCAGGAGUAUGCCCGUACAGAGCCAGAGGAGAUGGAGUGGAAGGCAGACAUGUACUGUGCUGCCUACAACAACGGGGUCUGGGAGAGGGGCCAGCUCUGCUCUCCUGUUUCCCUCGGCUACAUUGCUGAGGUAACACACGAGCACACACACCUAUCCUUUAAGAGCCACAGAAGUGGACUAGGAGUGGAUUUAGAAGUAAAAACAUUGUAGCAGCCGAUUGUCAUUACUGUUUCAUCAGUGAUUGACAGACGGGUUCAUCCAGCUGUAACUGCAGUGUGGUGUUCUGUCUCCACAUGGUGUUAGGUGGUACGCUGUGAUUUUGGCAACAAGGUGAAACUCCACGUGAACAACCUGAGACCACUGCUGCCCAGUCUGGUUGGCUGUCAGGUGCUGGAGUGUUCCCUCAGUGACAUUAGGUGAACACACACACACACACACACACACACACACACAAAUGCAGGUAAAUGAAGGGCCGACCUCAAACACUGAUGAUACCUGGCAAAAUGUCCUGAAUAGUAGGCCUUUCACUGAAAUAGAUUCUGACAGGUUUCCUCAGGGCAUGAGCUGUUUCUCACACCUAUCCUAAUGGUGGAGCAAGGGGCAUGCUAUCCUCCUUAGACCUCAGUUCAAAUCUACUCUCACUCUCUCUCACACACUCACUCGCUCAAUUUCUUUCUCUCCCUCUCAGACCUGCGGGUGGUCGUUCCACCUGGACAGCCACAGCAUGUGAUUUCAUCUCCUACUACCUGACAGGAGCCAUGGCCAUCAUGACCAUCAAGGUGACGCCACAUCACACACCUUCUCCUAGCCCUACCACUUUCCGUAGCCCUUAACCACUUCCCCUAGUCCCCACAGUUCUGUGAACACCAAGCAAAGAGGACUGGGGGUGGAGCUAGAGCCUAGUCUCUGAUGCCUCACUCUUGAGUGUUGCAUAUUUGACCAUCCAUGGUUUUACAUGUACCAACCUUUUCCUCUUCUCUCCAGGAAAACACAGAGCAGCGUCCGGUGCCGGUCUCUCUGUACUGCUCCAACCGGGCCGGGCAAGACGUCAGCAUCGCAGACUUCCUGGUUAGUGAGGGCCUCGCCCUGAAAGAGAGGAAGCCACGGUGAGUAACAGAACUCUGUGUGUGGAUGUAUGUUUCACAGUUCAGUAUAAGAUAAUUCAGAGGACCCAUGUCUAUCUGCUGGCUCUACAUAUCUCCCUGUGUCCUGUGCUACAGAGCGUCCCCCAUGCCUAAACUAGAGGAGUUAUCAGACUCCAAGUUCAAGGGCCUUCAAAACAGGACACCUAACACAGAAAACCAGCCCACUGCCCCUAUGCCUCCCAAGCCGGCCCCCCGUACCAAUCCCUCCCCAGAGAAGGUGAAGACCCAUGCCUACUGCCCCCCUGAGCUGCCCCACUGUGGACGCACUCAGAUGACCAUCUCUGCCAUCGGAGAGGACGGACUCAUCUACGCCAUGACUCACCACGCAGGUACUCUCCUUUCUACUCCUGUUUACCCCUGCUCCCUCUACCUCUCUCUCUUUCUCCCACAUACACAUACACUGAGUGUAGAAAUUAUGACACACCGACUUUCCAUGACAUAGACUGACCAGGUGAAUCCAGGUGAAAGCUAUGAUCCCUUAUUGAUGUCACUUAAAUCUACUUCAAUCAGUGUAGAUGAAUGGGAGGAGACAGGUUAAAGAAGGAUUUUUAAGCCUUGAGACAAUUGAGACAUGGAUUGUGUACAGUGGGGGGAAAAAAGUAUUUAGUCAGCCACCAAUUGUGCAAGUUCUCCCACUUAAAAAGAUGAGAGAGGCCUGUAAUUUUCAUCAUAGGUACACGUCAACUAUGACAGACAUUGAGAAUUUUUUUCUCCAGAAAAUCACAUUGUAGGAUUUUUUAUGAAUUUAUUUGCAAAUUAUGGUGGAAAAUAAGUAUUUGGUCAAUAACAAAAGUUUCUCAAUAGUUUGUUAUAUACCCUUUGUUGGCAAUGACACAGGUCAAACGUUUUCUGUAAGUCUUCACAAGGUUUUCACACACUGUUGCUGGUAUUUUGGCCCAUUCCUCCAUGCAGAUCUCCUCUAGAGCAGUGAUGUUUUGGGGCUGUUGCUGGGCAACACGGACUUUCAACUCCCUCCAAAGAUUUUCUAUGGGGUUGAGAUCUGGAGACUGGCUAGGCCACUCCAGGACCUUGAAAUGCUUCUUACGAAGCCACUCCUUCGUUGCCCGGGCGGUGUGUUUGGGAUCAUUGUCAUGCUGAAAGACCCAGCCACGUUUUAUCUUCAAUGCCCUUGCUGAUGGAAGGAGGUUUUCACUCAAAAUCUCACGAUACAUGGCCCCAUUCAUUCUUUCCUUUACACGGAUCAGUCGUCCUGGUCCCUUUGCAGAAAAACAGCCCCAAAGCAUGAUGUUUCCACCCCCAUGCUUCACAGUAGGUAUGGUGUUCUUUGGAUGCAACUCAGCAUUCUUUGUCCUCCAAACACGACGAGUUGAGUUUUUACCAAAAAGUUCUAUUUUGGUUUCAUCUGACCAUAUGACAUUCUCCCAAUCCUCUUCUGGAUCAUCUAAAUGCACUCUAGCAAACUUCAGACGGGCCUGGACAUGUACUGGCUUAAGCAGGGGGACACGUCUGGCACUGCAGGAUUUGAGUCCCUGGUGGCGUAGUGUGUUACUGAUGGUAGGCUUUGUUACUUUGGUCCCAGCUCUCUGCAGGUCAUUCACUAGGUCCCCCCGUGUGGUUCUGGGAUUUUUUCUCACCGUUCUUGUGAUCAUUUUGACCCCACGGGGUGAGAUCUUGCGUGGAGCCCCAGAUCGAGGGAGAUUAUCAGUGGUCUUGUAUGUCUUCCAUUUCAUAAUAAUUGCUCCCACAGUUGAUUUCUUCAAACCAAGCUGCUUACCUAUUGCAGAUUCAGUCUUCCCAGCCUGGUGCAGGUCUACAAUUUUGUUUCUGGUGUCCUUUGACAGCUCUUUGGUCUUGGCCAUAGUGGAGUUUGGAGUGUGACUGUUUGAGGUUGUGGACAGGUGUCUUUUAUACUGAUAACAAGUUCAAACAGGUGCCAUUAAUACAGGUAACGAGUGGAGGACAGAGGAGCCUCUUAAAGAAGAAGUUACAGGUCUGUGAGAGCCAGAAAUCUUGCUUGUUUGUAGGUGACCAAAUACUUAUUUUCCACCAUAAUUUGCUAAUAAAUUCAUUAAAAAUCCUACAAUGUGAUUUUCUGGAUUUUUUUUCCCUCAAUUUGUCUGUCAUAGUUGACGUGUACCUAUGAUGAAAAUUACAGGCCUCUCAUCUUUUUAAGUGGGAGAACUUGCACAAUUGGUGGCUGACUAAAUACUUUUUUUCUCCACUGUAUAUGUGGCAUUCAGAGGGUGAAUGGACAAGACAAAAUAUUUAAGUGCCUUUGAACUGGGUAUGGUAGUAGGUGCCAGGUGCACCGGUUUUUGUGAAGAACUGCAACGUUGCUGGGUUUUCACACUCAACAGUUUCCCGUGUGGGUCAAGAAUGGUCCACCACCCAAAGGAUAUCCAGCUAACUUGACACAACUGUGGGAAGAAUUGGAGUCAACAUGGGCCAGAAUCUCUGUGGAACCCUUUCGACACCUUGUAGAGUCCAUGCCCCGACGAAUUGAGGCUGUUCUGAGGGAAGAAGAGGGGGGUGCAACUAGUGCUGUGGCGGUCAUGAAAUCUUUCAGCCGGUGAUUGUCAAACAACUGCCGGUCUCACAGUAAUUUACCGUUAACAUUUACAUCUACAUCAGUUAGCAGACGCUCUUAUCCAGGGCAACUUACACAUUUUGUCAGCCGGUGAUUGUCAAGCAAAUAACCUCCAGUCUCACUGUAAAUUACCGUUAAUUAACUUAAAAACAUUUAGCAUCUCCUGGCUUCCAUGCAUAGCUACAAGCCACUGAUGCAGACCUUUUGGAACAUCUACAUUUAAAAAAAGUCCAAUAAAUCAAUUUAAUAUAGCCUACACCAUCACAAUAAAUCCAUUUUGGACAGGUCUAAAGAAACAUGAUAUGAAGAAAAUGUAGUCUAUUUCAGAAGAACAGAAUAGCAUACUCUUGAGUUGGCCCUGAUCUGGCUAUGCCAGAUGGCUGUGGGCUACACUAGAUAAUUUAUCAGACAAGAUUUGUUUAGAAUUCCGUGGCAUCGUUUUAUAUUAUUUUAUAGUAAUGAAGAAUACAAUAGAACAAAGCUGAAUAAAAAAGAAAGGACAUUUUCUCCAAAUGAUUUGAGGGAGUGCGCACAUGCGGCUUCUGUGUUGAGCGGUUAACAAAGAAACAGGUCCUCCUAUAUGCUUAAUUUAGAGUUAUUUAUGCAACUUUAGUUGUGAUACAAACGUUGGGCUAUAUGUUUUGAUUUGUAAAAAAAAUUAUAAGGCUCCAUGAUGCGACUCUAAUGAUGAUUUGAAAAAAGUUGCAUGAGUAGGGCUUUUGCGGUGACCGUAUUACCGCCACACCGGUAAUGAAGGCAGUCAAAUUCCUAAACAGUCACGGUAAUUAGGCUUCUCCAAGCUCUGAUUCUGCUGAUGGUCAUUAGUAGCCUACCAAACCUUCUAACUGCCAGGUACUCAGCACUCUAUUGUCCCUCUAAUCACUCUGACAUCAAUGCAAACGUAAUCGAAAAUGUAAUCAAACACUUAAUGAGAGCCCAUGAGCUCAUGUUCCACAACAUUUCUAUAGGCUAUGGAAUUGUGUGAGAACAUCGUGAUGGCCUCUAUUAAAAAGAGGAGGAUCCCAUCAGCUUUCUAUAGGCUAGGCCUACUAUAUAUUUUUUUCUCAACUUUCCUAAUAUUAAUCACAUUGCUUCUCUUUAAAACAGGAGUAUAGCCUACCUGGCUGGCAUGAAAAUGAACCACGGGAAAAGCGGUCCUCCAGUCGCUAUUUAAGUGCAUAGAUGACAUGUCUUUUUUCCCCUGCCCCUGUUUCGAGACGGGUGCAUGAUAAUGGUCCAUUCUAAAUCAAAACAAAUUUCACACACAAAUUAUUUAGUGUAUAUGUAAAGACAAGAUUAAAUCAAGAAUAGUCUGAGUGACAAUAUUAGCCUAUCACUUGUGAAUUAUAUAUUUUUGCGACUUAUAAUCAGUCGCACACCUCGUAGCCUAGCCCAGUGAUAUAAUUUUUAAAAAUACAUUAUUUUGAAAGGAUACCGCUUAUUGUAGCUGACUUAACACAUGCAGUGCGUCCGCAGUGGUGAAAUGGCUAGCUACGUUCGGACUCGGGAGGGUUUUCACGCUGCACUCAUUCACUGACCAAUACAAUAACGUUUUCGCCCCACACACACUGAUCCAAUGAAAUGACAGAUUUCUCGACACACACAAGCAUUUCGCUACACCCGCAAUAACAUCUGCUGAAUAUGUGUAUGUGACCAAUAAACAUUUGAUUUGACACACUGAUCCAAUAAAAAUGUCAUUCUGCAACAUUGUUUUGUUUUAAAUGUGACACUUCCAAUCAGAUAAUACAGUUCUUCUGACAGCUAGCUUGAUUGACAGCUAA